GUGUUGAAUACUGUAGUGAAAGCAAUGCAAUAAUUGUAUGGAAAUUGUUGUAAACAUUGUAUACUAAACUACAUGUCUAUAGUAUAUGAUAUAUAGUAAGGGAUCAGUUGUGGUGAUGACUGUCAUGUAUUGUCAUGUCUUUGCGUAACAUUCGUGAAGAGUCUUUAGCAGAGAAGAGACGACAGAUUGAGACUAAUCCAUGUUUUGAUGAACAGUCAGUGUCUUUGAAAUGUAUUGAAAUCAAUAGCAACGAUACCGACCAAUGUUUUCGCGAAAUUAAUAACUUGAAGAUCUGUCGGACAUUUUGGUCAGCCGUAGAAAAAGUGCGCAAAAAUAACUCAAUUGAACCAACACUACCAAAACGUGAGGUCAGGGAUCAGCUCAGAAAGUAUUACAUUCAAAAUGGGAAUCUUAAGACACUUAUGGACGACAAGAAUAGCAUUUUUUACCAAUAAUUUGAUCCAUUGAUUCAAUAAUUGAUUGUUUGGUAUUUUUAAUUGAUUUUAAUAAUUGAUUUGUUUAUUAUU